CCGCUGGGCCGCCGUGCCUGUUGCUGCGGCCGCUACCUCGCGACCCGCUGUUUCCUCAGCGGGGUGGAGAAGAGGCAGGAGUCAACCGAGGGGCCCCUCCCGGCCCCCUGCGGCUGGAAGCGCGCAGCCAGCCCUCACGAUGGACACCCCGCACGGCCAGGCUGUCCGCAGGCUGCCCCAGAGCACCUGCGAGCCCCGGCUCGGCCCCGCGCUCUGAGCGCGCCGCCGCGCAGGAGUCUGUACCAGAAGCACGUAAAAUAGAUCGCUUGGUCUAAAAUAGAAGAGUGGCAACGUUUUGCUGAGUUUCCAGACCUUUCCCAAGAUGGAACCGAUAACAUUCACAGCGAAGAAACAUACCUUUCCUAGCGAGGUCUGGGUGGACUUUAGCCUGCAGCUGGUGGGCUCCUUGCCUGUGCAUUCUCUGACCACCAUGGCCAUGCUGCCUUGGGUCGUGGCGGAGGUGCGACGGCUCAGCAGGCAGUCCUCCAAAAAGGAGCCUAGUACCAAGCAAGUCCGGCUUUGUGUUUCGCCCUCUGGACUGAGAUGUGAACCUGAGCCAGUAAAAAAUCAACAGUGGGAUCCCCUGAUCUGUUCCAGCAUCUUUGAGUGCAAGCCUCAGCAUGUACACAAACUGAUUCACAACAGUCACGACCCAAGUUACUUUGCUUGUCUCAUUAAGGACGAUGCAGCCAAUAAGCAUAGUAUCUGCUAUGUGUUCAAAGCCGAUGAUCAAACAAAAGUGCCUGAGAUCAUCAGCUCCAUCCGUCAGGCCGGGAAAAUUGCCCGCCAGGAGGAGCUCCACUGCCCGUCGGAGUUCGACGACACAUUCGCCAAGAAGUUCGAGGUGCUCUUCUGCGGCCGGGUGACGGUGGCGCACAAGAAGGCCCCGCCAGCCCUGAUCGACGAGUGCAUCGAGAAGUUCAAUCACUUCAGUUGCAGCCGCAAAGCUGAAUUCGAUAUGGUCUCCCAGAAUUCUGAGACCCCCAGCCCCGCGGCGGGGUUUUCCUUCCCCGACAAGUUCCGAUCUGUGCUCCAGCCGGCAGGGAACUGGGAGCAGGGCCGCAGGCCAAUGCGCAAAUCCUCCUCGCAGCCCGGGCUGCGCUCUUUGGCCUAUAAGAAGGAAUUUCAAGAUGGAGGCCUUCGAAGUAGUAGUUUCUUCAGCUCUUUUGAUGAAAACGACAUUGAGAACCACCUCAUUAGUGGACACAAUAUUGUGCAGCCAACAGAUAUUGAGGAAAAUCGAACUAUGCUCUUCACGAUUGGUCAAUCUGAAGUUUACCUCAUCAGUCCUGACACCAAAAAAAUAGCAUUGGAGAAAAAUUUCAAGGAGAUAUCCUUUUGCUCUCAGGGUAUUAGACACGUGGACCAUUUUGGGUUUAUCUGCCGAGAAUCAUCAGGAGGGGGAGGCUUUCAUUUCGUGUGUUAUGUGUUCCAGUGCACAAAUGAAGCUCUGGUUGAUGAGAUUAUGAUGACCCUGAAACAGGCUUUCACGGUGGCUGCAGUGCAGCAGACCAAAGCGCCAGCCCAGCUGUGUGAUGGCUGCCCCCUGCAGGGCCUGCACAAGCUCUGCGAACGGAUAGAGGGAAUGAAUCCUUCCAAAACCAAACUAGAACUCCAGAAGCACCUGACAGCAUUAACUAAUCAGGAGCAAGCAAUGAUUUUUGAGGAGGUCCAGAAAUUGAGACCAAGAAAUGAACAGCGAGAGAACGAAUUGAUUAUUUCUUUCCUGAGAUGUUUAUAUGAAGAGAAACAAAAAGUGCACAUCCAUAUUGGGGAGAUAAAGCAGACAUCACAGAUUGCAGCGGAGAAUAUUGGAAAUGAAUUACCAUCUAGUGCCACUCGGUUUAGGCUAGAUAUGCUAAAAAACAAAGCUAAAAGAUCUUUGACAGAGUCUUUAGAAAGUAUUUUGUCCCGGGGAAAUAAAGCCAGAGGCCUUCAGGAACAUUCCACCACUUUGGAUCUGGACAGCUCCGUGUCUAGCACAUUAAGUAACACCAGCAAAGAGCCAUCCGUGUGUGAAAAAGAGGCCUUGCUUGUCCCCGAGAGCUCCUUCGGGCUCCUCAGCUCCUCGGACGACCUGUCCAGUGACUCAGAGAGCCACCCCGCAGAAGAGCCGGCUUCGCUCUCGCUGCAGCAGGGCUUCAGGAGGCGCGCCAACACCCUGAGUCACCUCCCUGCAGAAUGCCAGGAAUCUCCAGAACCUGCUCAGGGGUCUCCAGGGGUCUCGCAACGCAAACUAAUGAGGUAUCACUCAGUGAGCACAGAGACGCCUCAUGAACAAAAUGGGAAUCAUCCACCUGUUGACAAGUCUAAAAGUUGCUCAGGGCCUUCAGCUCCUGCUCCUCCACCUCGUCUUAACCCCUCCGCCUCCUCGCCAAAUUUUUUUAAGUACCUAAAACAUAACUCGAGUGGAGAACAAAGUGGGAGUGCCGUGCCAAAGAGCAUCUCCUACCGUAAUGCCCUGCGGAAAAAACUUCAUUCUUCUUCCUCUGUGCCAAAUUUUCUAAAAUUUCUGGCUCCUGUAGAUGAAAAUAACACCUCUGACUUUAUGAACACAAAAAGGGACUUUGAAUCCAAAGCCAACCAUCUCGGUGAUGCCAGUGGGACCCCCAUAAAGACACGAAGACACUCAUGGAGGCAGCAGAUAUUCCUCCGAGUGGCAACCCCACAGAAAGCAUGCGAUUCCCCCAGCAGAUAUGAAGAUUUUUCCGAGCUGGGAGAGCUUCCGCCCCGAUCACCUUUAGAACCAGUUUGUGAAGAUGGACCCUUCGGCCCUGCGCCAGAGGAAAAGAAAAGGACGUCUCGCGAGCUUCGAGAACUAUGGCAAAAGGCGAUUCUACAACAGAUCCUCCUCCUCAGAAUGGAGAAGGAAAAUCAGAAGCUGCAAGCCUCUGAAAAUGAUUUACUGAACAAGCGCCUAAAGCUCGAUUAUGAAGAAAUCACUCCUUGUCUUAAAGAAGUAACUAUGGUGUGGGAAAAGAUGCUUAGCACUCCAGGAAGAUCCAAAAUUAAGUUCGACAUGGAAAAAAUGCACUCGGCUGUUGGGCAAGGUGUGCCACGUCAUCACCGGGGCGAAAUCUGGAAAUUCCUAGCAGAGCAAUACCACCUUAAACACCAGUUUCCCAGUAAACAUCAGCCAAAGGACACGCCGUACAAAGAACUCUUAAAACAGCUCACGUCCCAGCAGCACGCGAUUCUUAUCGACCUCGGGCGAACCUUUCCAACACAUCCGUACUUCUCGGCCCAGCUAGGAGCAGGGCAGCUGUCACUUUACAACAUUUUGAAGGCCUACUCGCUUCUAGACCAGGAAGUGGGUUAUUGCCAAGGUCUCAGCUUUGUAGCUGGCAUUUUGCUGCUUCACAUGGGUGAGGAGGAAGCGUUUCACAUGCUCAAGUUUCUGAUGUUUGACAGGGGACUGAGGAAACAGUAUCGGCCGGACAUGAUUAUUUUACAGAUCCAGAUGUACCAGCUCUCAAGGCUUCUUCACGAUUACCACAGAGACCUCUACAAUCACCUGGAGGAGCACGAGAUCGGCCCCAGCCUCUAUGCUGCCCCCUGGUUUCUCACCGUGUUUGCCUCACAGUUCCCACUGGGCUUUGUGGCCAGAGUCUUUGAUAUGAUCUUUCUUCAGGGAUCAGAGGUCAUAUUUAAAGUGGCUUUAAGUCUCUUGGGAAGCCAUAAGCCCUUGAUUCUGCAGCAUGAGAACCUAGAAACCAUAGUUGACUUUAUAAAAAACACACUACCCAACCUGGGCCUGGUGCAAAUGGAAAAGACCAUCAAUCAGGUGUUUGAGAUGGACAUCUCUAAACAGUUACAAGCUUAUGAAGUUGAGUACCACGUCCUUCAAGAAGAACUUAUCGAUUCCUCUCCUCUCAGUGACAACCAAAGAAUGGACAAAUUAGAGAAAACCAACAGCAGCUUACGCAAACAGAACCUUGACCUUCUCGAACAACUGCAGGUGGCAAAUAGUAGGAUUCAAAGCCUCGAAGCCACAGUUGAGAAGCUUCUGAGCAGUGAAAGCAAGCUGAAGCAGGCCACCCUUGCCUUAGAGCUGGAGAGGUCAGCCCUGCUGCAGACGGUGGAAGAGCUUCAGAGGCCGACUGCAGAGCUGACUGCUCCACAGCCUGACCUCACCCAGCCCAAGCCCACAGGCGACUGACAGCACAGGGGACAGCACCUCGCCAGGGCAUGGCUCUGGAGGAGACGCUGUGACACCAUCCUGACACUGUCCAGGCCUUAAUUGAGAGAGACGGAAGAUGCUGGAGGGAGAGAAGGAAGCACGAAGCAUGCUUCUCAGGGACGAAACUGGCUUGCCAGCAUGCAGGUUCUUCUGAACUAAAACUUGCAAUUCAUGGGCGCGAACGUCCCGGCGUUGUUGUUGUUUAGGUUCCAGUUGGUCCCUUCUCCAGUUCUAAUUGCUGUAGUCAGUAGAUUUAGAUGGCACGGACACGAAUAAACACACCUUUAUGUUUCCUUUUUCCGUAUCACUGUGUUUGUAAAGAGCAUUUAUAAUACGGUGGAAUUUCAGAAGCUGGAAGGGCCCAAGGUGAUUCCUCUGGCAAAGAUGAGGGUCCGUCGUUUUUCCAAGGAGGGCUGGUGUGACUGCACCCUCAGCAUCACUGGCAGGGCGUACACUUGCCCUUUGUCCGUUUUUGUUAUGGAAGGCCAAGGUGACUGUCAGGAAAGAUCAAAAGUGAUUUAUUGAAAUAUGACAUCUUAAAUUUGAUCACUAUCUUUGGUAUUUAAUGAAAUUUCUUUUUUAAAAAAAUAGUAUUUUCAUACAUUUUUUGCUUAGCCCUUAAGCAUUGAUCAGAGUCAUUGUAGAUAAAUGUUUUAUUGGAAAAUCACCAUUUUUUAGACUCUACCAGGUAUUGCUAGCAUGCGACCUGCAGUUAUAGUGUCUGAGAUAUUUAUUUCUUUAUGGUGUUUCAUAUCCAUGUUGUAGAGUCGUGUAUUUAUUUUUGCCUGAUAUAUGAUGUAAUGCAGCUGUGUGUCCCUGUGAGUCUCCACCCCUUGGGAAUUUGAUUCCUUGCAGAAGUAGCAGGCCACAUCAGGCUAUUUAGGGAUGCCAGAGAUUCUGGGACUUUCAAAAAAGAGAUCAGCCUAAAAUUACAAUCAAAUGUAUGGUAGCUGAGAGCAGUUUUUUGGAGGUAGGAUGUAUGUUUUGAACAUAACUCACAACACAGCAACCCCCACCCCCGCCUCAGGAUGAUGAGGACCCUGUGCCUUCAACAAGCAAGAAGCCGCUCACGGUUGCUGCGGUUUCAUCUGGUCACUGUGUCUGGCCUCUGCCAUGUGCUCUCUCAGAACAGGUGGUUUUCUUACAAAGGACGAGUUAGAGGAGAACUGUGUGGGCACAUGUCACUUUUCUUGACAGCAGAAUCAUUUCUGGUCUUUAUCACUGAAACCACAUCUUCUAUUCCACAGGAGUUUCUUUUGACACUCUCAGUCGUGGGCGUCACUUUUAAGCUUGAGGUGAAAGGAAGGAUUUUCAUAUUUGGAGUCAAUAUAAAUCUCCCCAGACAUUUCAGAGGGAGUCGAAUGUGCUGCCUCCAGUGCCUAAACACUUGGUCGACAUUUGGGACUCUCCUGUUCCCCGUGUCAGAGGAUAGCAGUUCUCUUCAUAAACCAAGAUGACGAGCCCAGUAGCCUUUAUCUCAAGUGGUCCCACCAGAUAUAACUUGAAGAAGUUCACAUUUGAGUGCUUCUUUCCAUGUUUUACUGUUCGAAUGUUUAAUAAUGUUGAAAUUUGGACAUCUUAUGACCAUUACUCAAAACAUUGACUGCAUUAAAUAGGAAAGCAAUAAAACAAUUCAUGGGCACACUU